AUGCCUAGCGGCAAAUACAGUACCUGGACGGAUGAGGAGAAGGCGGACGUGACGGACUGGAUGCGUCGCCACAAGCAUCUGUCAUGGGAAGCCCGAUGUGUGGAAUAUCGUCGCCAGAAAGGCAUCCACAGGACGGUGAGCUCGCUGCGAAACGGCUUCGGCCGAUACAAGAAUGACGGGAGCAGCCUCCAAUUUCGACCAAAGCGAGCAAAGCGAGCAAAUCGAGCAAAUCGAGCGAAUCGAGCAAAUCGAGCGAAUCGACCGACCCAGACAGAGCGAGAUUCGUCGACCGGAUUCCUCCUCUCCCCCAAUGCUCAGCUUCGAUCCUCUGGACCCGCGGGUUUGCGUAGUCCUCGACCAUUGGGGCACGGCGGACGCUCGGCGACUGAUCGCCAUGGUGAGCCGGUCAUUGAUCGAGCACAACCAGAAACACCCGUCAUCACCGCCCCUCCGAAGUAG